AUGAUUUCCAAAUUCAACAACUCUUCACCCAUGCCUGUUCAGACGGGUUUCAGUUACGACAAGCUUGUGAAUGUAACUGUUGAACUUGUUUCGGGAAACAUCAUGGUCAAAGAUUUUUCAAAUGGUGUGCCAGUUCAAAACAAUACAUUCUGGGUUGGGUCAUAUCCCAGCCAAAUUCCUCAGAACACCGCCAACAACACUUUGAAUGCUGCUCGCGCUUUCUGGCACUUUUCCCAAGCUUGGUUUCAAGGCUUUCCCCAAUAUAAACCGACAAAUAGCAAGAUCAGUAUUUGGGCAGAGUCGUAUGGGGGGAAGUACGGUCCAAGCUUUGCUCGAUUUUUACUGGAACAAAACCGGAAGAUCGAAGAAGGUACCAUCGGCCACGAGGAUGGCAAUAUGAUCAUUCAUAUCGACACGCUUGGCAUAAUCAGUGGCUGUAUCGACAUUUUUUCGCAGAUUUUGACGUAUCCCGAAUUCACGCGCAACAACACAUAUGGCAUCGAAGCUGUCAAUAAUUCUACUUACGAGGCUAUGAUAGAAACUUACCACAAAUCAGGUGGAUGUGCGGAGCAAUUACAACACUGCCGCAGGUUAACAUAUGAGGGAGAUCUAACUCAUGAUGGCAGCAACGCCACGGUGAACGAAGCUUGCCGCAAUGCAUCCCAAGCUUGCGUUGGAGUUGAGGAACCGUAUUCAAGCACAAGUGGCAGGGGCUACUAUGAUAUCGCGCAUCCUCGGGCUGAUCCCUUCCCGCCUCCUUUUUUCCAAGGCUAUCUCAACAGGCCACAUGUGCAAGCUGAUCUUGGUGUGCCUCUCAACUUUACAAGUGGCUCUCUGGCCGUCUACCGCGCGUUCAAUAUAACUGGAGAUUAUGUCAGCCCUGGCGCUCACGGAUAUACAAACGACAUCGGGUAUCUGUUAGAAUCAGGGGUGAAGGUGGCAAUGAUUUAUGGAGACAGAGACUACUCUUGCAACUGGGUGGGAGGGGAGAACACUAGUCUUUCCAUUAAAUACAGCAAUUCUUCUCGGUUUCGGGCAGCUGGUUAUAGUGAUAUUAGAACGAACUCUUCUUACGUCGGUGGGCAAGUCCGUCAAUACGGAGGCUUUUCCUUCAGCAGGGUAUACCAAGCCGGACACAUGGUUCCCGCAUACCAGCCUGAGACAGCCUUUGAAAUUUUCCGACGCGUCAUGUUCGACAUGGAUAUUGCAACUGGAAAGGUGAACACUAUGAUCGAUAAAGCUUAUUCUUCCAAAGGUCAACGCACAACUUUCCAGAUAAAAAAUGAGCCGCCCCCAAUGCCCAAACCCACAUGUUAUAUCCUUGUCCCUGGCACUUGUACAGACGAUCAGGUGGCUGUCGUCGUAAACGGGUCUGGUCUUAUCCUGGAUUACAUUCUCAUUGACGAAAAUACGAAAGAUCUAUUUCCCGAAAUCAAAUUCCCCACUCCAACAUCUGCUGGAAGCACCCCGUAA